AUGGAGGAAGGCGCGUGUGGCUCUUGCCUCCUGUAUACAGCAGCAGCAAUACCACGCAGGCAUCUACCUCCCGACCGAUCGACUUCAUUACAAGACUACAACCUCACCUACAUUCGUUCCCAUCCCUCACAACCCGCUUCCGUCCUUGCGAUGGACUCGACCCUCAAAUGCAACGACCUCAAAUGCCGCAUUCCUUGCCCCGAGCAAGCCGUCGUCACCACAUGCAGUCACAUCUUCUGCGUCAACUGUGCUGCGCGUCUGGGCCUCAUUGAACAGCAUCCGAACGAGGGACCGAGAACUUGUCCCGCUUGCUAUACACAGCUUGUGAACCCUGACGAUGCGGUCGUCACGGCGCUGAAUCCAUCGGAGGAUUACAAGACGAGCAUUCUGAGUGGGCUGAGCCCGGCGGUGAUCAUGGAGUGCGCGGGUCGGGGACUUGCGUUUUGGGCGUACCAGAUGGUGCAGGAUAUCACGUAUCAAGAAUACGUUCGACGCAGCUUGACAGACAAGCACUCGGCCGCCGAAGCACAUGCUGCGGAGAUCGAGCGUGCUUUGAGGGAAGACAAUGCUCGGCUCAACAACAAGAUGAGUGCCAUGCGCGAUGACAAUGAACGACUGCACGCCCAGGUUGAACAACUGCAGCAGAGUGCAGCACAAAAAAGCAAGGACUAUUCGAAAAUGUCUGCACUCUACAACAAGAUUAAACAACGCGAACGUGUUGUGGGACUCGAAAGUGCCGCCGACCAUGGCGCCGAGGAGAUCUUGAUGCAGGCUGCCUCUCAGCAUCAACAACAGCAGAACCGAGGUCCAGCUACUCAACAUCCUGUCGGCCAGAGUCGUCAGCGAAUGGGGAGCGGCAGUAAUGGCAGCGGCGGCAGUGGUGAGCGACGACCGCGGGUGAAGUCCUGGCCUGAAGCCGCUCAGCCAAGCUACGCUCAUCAAUCUUUCGUCUCUGGACAACGUACUGGAGCAGGUGGAGGCUAUCGCACAGGCUUCACUUCUUCUCAUGGCAUGCCCCAGCCGCCAGGUUCUUCACAGCACCGUACACGGUUGCCACAGACGUACACCCAACCCACCUUCGGCCACUUCAACGAAACGCUUCUGCGUGGUGAUGGAGUCAGAGACGAUUAUGCCACAGGCAACGAAUCACGUCGUCUUGAAUCCGCUCACCGAUCACAAUACACUGCCGAUCCUAGCCACAAUCCAAAUGGAAAUUACGGCUUAAGUGCUGGCAUGCGCGUAGGGCGACCACCUGGCGGCAGUGUCGCACCGAACCGUCCUUCGAUGAUCUCUACUCGUGCUAUGGGAAACUACGCUAGUGUGCCACUGCGUUGA